AUCGUGGGUAGAGUUCGUCUCCAACUUGGCUGAUCAACAACAUAAAAACGUCCCAUGGUCGUCCGCUAGAGGGCGUCCAGGAACUCACUCAAAUGACAUCAUCAUUACGUAGCAGGAAGUCAAGCGACGACGUCAAAACUGGGCUUGGUUGCAGCACUCAAACAAGUUUAUCCGCCUUCUAUUCGGCUGCAUCAGAUAAACACGCAACUUAUGUGGUGAAUGGUUAACCCUUAGCUACGCUACAACUGCAACGACGAAAGAGGUCCGAGCUACAUGAAAUCUCGUUUCGUGUAUUGGGUCGCGUUAAGUUCACGUUGUAAACAACACAAGUUGAAGUUAAGACCUGAGUGGUUGCAGCGAGAAAAUGUUUGCAAGGACCACAGCAAAGUACGUGGAGGAAAAGGUCUGUAGUCGUCAACGACUGGAAGCUCUUUGGCUGCAGUCUAAUGUGUUGUGCAGAGCAGACACCAGUGAAGCUAUUUGUCCUAAGCAGGAGCCAGAGCGCACUCACAUUAAAGAGGAAGAUGUGGGCAACGAGGUCCAACACUUCAAUGAACAAAUGGAGCAGAAUUUCUUUUGCAUCAUAAAAAAGGAGGAAGAGCCGGAGCGUUCUUGUAAUAAAGCGGAGGGGGAGGACUCCUGCGACAUUAAAGACGAGGGAGAAGACUUCUAUAACAUUAAAAAGGAAGAGGAGGAGGAUGCCUCCGAGAUGCCAUUGACUGGUGUCCCUUUGAAGAGUUCAGAUGAGGGUCAACAUGAGGUGAGCAAAGCGGAGGUGCCUCCAAGCUGCAGCUCAAGUCAACAACUGACCAGAGAAAGUGAUGGAGACCACUGUGGAGGAUCACAAGCUGCUCCACCAUCAGAUAGUGAUGAUGUGUCAUCACAAGUUCCUGCUGCUGCUGAUUUAAAAAGGCACACAGGUAUUCACACUUGUGAGAAACCUUUUUCAUGCUCAGUUUGUGACCAAAAAUUCUCUAAAAAGGAACACUUAAAAAGACAUACAAGAAUUCACACUGGUGAGAAACCUUAUUCAUGCUCAGUUUGUGACCAAAAAUACUAUCGUAAGGACUACUUACAAAUUCAUACAAGAAUCCACACUGGUGAGAAACCUUUUUCAUGCUCAGUUUGUGACAAAAAUUUCUCUAAAAAGGAACACUUAAAAACACAUACAAGAAUUCACACUGGUGAGAAACCUUUUUCAUGUUCAGUUUGUGGCCAAAUAUGCUCUAACAAGUAUACCUUAAAAAGACAUACAAGAAUCCACACGGGUGAGAAACCUUUUUCAUGUUCAGUUUGUGGCCUAAAAUUGUCUGACAAGGCAGGUUUAACUAUACAUGGAAGAAUCCACACUGGUGAGAAACCUUUUUCAUGUUCAGUUUGUGGCCAAAGAUUCUCUGAAAAGGGAACCUUAAGAAGACAUACAAGAAUCCACACUGGUGAGAAACCUUUUUCAUGCUCAUUUUGUGGCCAAACAUUCUCUACCAGGGAAGCCUUCAAAAAACAUACCAGAAUCCAUACUGGUGAGAAACCUUUUUCAUGCUCAGUUUGUGGCAAAGCAUUCUCUGCCAAGGAAAACUUACAAAAACAUACAAGAAUCCACACUGGUGAGAAACCUUUUUCAUGCUCAGUUUGUGACCAAGAAUUCGCUCAAAAGGAACACUUAAAAAAACAUACACGAAUUCACACUGGCGAGAACCCUUUUUCAUGCUCAGUUUGUGACCAAAAAUUCUCUCAAAAGGAACACUUAAAAACACACACAAGAAUUCACACUGGCGAGAACCCUUUUUCAUGCUCAGUUUGUGGCCGAAUAUUCCCUUUCAAGGGAACCUUAAAAACACAUACAAGAAUCCACACUGGCGAGAAACCUUUUUCAUGCUCAGUUUGUGGCCAAAAAUUCGGUCAAAGGAGUUACCUCAAAAGCCACGCAAGAAGCCACACUGACGAGAAACCUUUUUCAUGCUCAGUUUGUGGCCAAAAAUUUAGACAGAAAGACACCUUGAGAGAGCACACAAGAAUCCACACUGGCGAGCAACCGUUUUCUUGCUCAGUUUGUGGCCAAAACUUCUCUCAGAGGGGACGUUUAAAAACGCACACAAGAAACCACACUCGCGAGAAACCCUUUUCCUGCGGAGUUUGUGGUCAAACAUUCCGUCACAAGGUGAGCUUAAUCAGCCACGCAAGAGCCCACACCUAACACUGCUUAGUCAGUUGCCAAAGAGUCUCUAUUGAGAAUUCCGAGUGCCUUGGGGAGAUGAGCAAUUAUCCAUGAACUUCUCACCUUCUAUUUGAGCAGACUAUGAGUUUAUGCAUCAAUGAUCAUUCUAUUCUGGUAUGUACCUUUUGAUUGAGAUGCCGAACUCCUUUCCUUUACUACAGUGAGAAGUUCAUAUUUUAGUUUUAGUAAUGAAUUUGGAAAUACUUAACCGGCCUCGGGAUGAUGAUAGUUCUGUGUUUUUCAUUAUACGUGAUGUUUAUUGUGGCACUUGUCUUUGUCUGUUAUUUAUCCUGUUUUAAAUUUGGCACUUGUAUUCUUCCACUCUUGUACGCUGCUGUGACAAGUAGAUUUCCCUGCUGUGGGAUGAAUAAAGUACUAUCAUAAUCAA